GAUGCUAGAACGAAAAAAAUAAAAUUGCUGUGAUUCCACGAGGGUGUGUAACUAGAACUGCCACGUCAAAGUGACGGAAGAAAGAGGUGGCCCAUGGGCGGUGCGCUUAACACUACGAAUGUGUCCAGCCAGAGUGGCACAGAAACAGACAUCAAACCGAGCACUUGUGAGCGUUUGUCAAAGGCAAGCUUAUUAACUUGAACACCCUUCAGAAUGGACAUGGACGGACUGAGGCAAAGGUUGGCCGAGGCCGGCCAGUCGCACCUUCUGCAGUUCUGGAAUGAGCUCAGUCCGGAACAGCAAGCCGAGAUGCAGCAGGACAUGGGGACCAUGGACUUCAAGGAGAUCAAUGGAUUCUUUAAGAACGCCAUGGAGACCUCCAUGAGCCAAACAAAACAGGAGAAAAUUGACAAUCACAUGGAGCCGGUCCCCAGGGAGGUCCUAGGGAGUGUCACCCGUGACCGAGAGUCUCUCAAAGACUGGGACAAACAGGGACUGCAGUGCAUUGCCCAGAACAAGGUUGCUGUUCUCUUGCUGGCUGGAGGCCAGGGGACCCGGCUGGGUGUACCAUACCCCAAAGGCAUGUACGACGUCGGGCUGCCCUCGCACAAAACCCUCUUUCAGAUCCAGGCCGAGCGCAUCCUCAAGCUCCAGCGGCUAGCGGAGCAGCAGCAUGGCACCAAGUGCUGUAUCCCCUGGUACAUUAUGACGAGUGGGAGAACAAUGGAGUCCACCAAAGAGUUCUUUGCCAAGCACAAGUACUUUGGCCUGAGCCAGGAGGAUGUGAUCUUCUUCCAGCAAGGCAUGCUCCCAGCCAUGGACUACAGCGGGAAGAUCAUUCUGGAGGCCAAGGGCAAGCUCUCCAUGGCUCCAGAUGGCAACGGUGGUCUGUACCGGGCGCUGGGCACCCAGAACAUUAUCCAGGACAUGGAGAGGAGGGGCAUCAGCUGCAUCCAUGUGUACUGCGUAGACAACAUCCUGGUCAAGGUGGCCGACCCCGCCUUCAUAGGCUUCUGUGUGAAGAUGGGAGCCGACUGCGGAGCAAAGGUGGUGGAGAAGACCAAUCCGACGGAGGCGGUGGGCGUGGUGUGCAAGGUGGACGGCCGCUACCAGGUGGUGGAGUACAGCGAGAUCACGCUGGCCACGGCCGAGCGACGCGCCUCCGACGGACGCCUCAUGUUCAACGCCGGCAACGUGGCCAACCACUUCUUCAGCCUGGCCUUCCUCCGGGACAUCGUCAAUACCCAUGAGCCUCAGCUGCAGCACCAUGUGGCGCAGAAGAAAAUCCCCUAUGUGGACGCGCAAGGCCAGCUAAUCAAACCCGACAAACCCAACGGGAUUAAAAUGGAAAAAUUUGUCUUUGACAUCUUCCAGUUCGCCAAGAAGUUUGUGGUGUACGAGGUCCUGCGCGAGGACGAGUUCUCUCCUCUGAAGAACGCGGACAGCCAGGACGGGAAGGACAACCCCACCACCGCGCGCCACGCCCUCAUGUCCCUCCAUCACCGAUGGGUGCUCAACGCCGGCGGGCACUUCAUCGACGAGAACGGUACCCGCGUCCCUGCAAUCCCCAGACAUGGACCAGCAGGGAGUGUUUCGACCGGUGUCACCCAGAACUUGAAGGACGGCACAGACCUACCCAUCAAAUGCGAGAUCUCGCCACUUGUUUCUUAUGGGGGAGAGGGACUGGAGGGCUUGGUGAAAGACCGCGAGCUUCGCCCGACACUGGUCAUCAACGAGGACGGCCUCCAUGAACUGGUGAAGAACGGCCUGUAACCAUAAUAAGGAGCAAGAUGGCGGCCGAUUGUCGAAGAAACCAAAUGGAAACCCCUUCAUCUGUUUUGCCUCUCGCACCUGGGGGAAACUGUGAAGUUAUUGUGCAAUAAAAUAAAGGAAGGAAGCAUCUUGCAGCCAACUGCACGAAAAAUCUGUUAAAGAAGAAGAAAAAAAAGAUU